CCAUGACGACGACCUGAAACAAAAAUAAACAACAUAAUCAUUCGCUGCUUGAGGGUGCAGGCCUGUUGAAACAUCUGUGCGCGUGCUGCAGGUUGCAUUAAGACGUUUCGAGGAACGAUUCGUCUACAUUUUACCGUAACACCCAAGGAUCGUUCUUGAUGGACACCCAGGUUAUUCAGAUGGAAUCUAUUUCUUUGGAUGACACUGGUCGAGAGAGCCCAGAUGAUGAUCGUCCUCCUGAGAGGUGGGCGCCGGUUGGCUCGAGCGAAAUUGACGAUGCCUGGGAUGAUCCUGAAACAUGCAGUCUGUCGGAAUUUGAGCGCAUGAGACAUUUGGAAGAAGAGCAGGAGCAGCUGAACACAUCGCUGGUCGCUCUUACAACACACUUUGCACAAGUCCAGUUUCGGCUGAGGCAGAUUGUGAAUGCUUCACAGGAGGAAAAGGAGGAACUGCUGAAAGAACUUGAAGAGUUUGCCUUUCGUGGAAUCCCGGACUUGCGUUCUUGUCAAACUGGAGUUGGAAUUUUGCUCUCAGAGACUGAACAAGAACAAGAGGAAAAGCUAGAACAGCAGCGACAAAAACAGAAGGAACUCAUUCAGCAAUUGAAAGAACAGCUUGAGGACCUUGAGAAGUAUGCUUUUGAGACAGGCGAUGCAGGUAUGCCAUCAAGCAUGCUCCUGGAACGCCAGUCAGUCAUCAUAGAACAUCUCAAAGAGAAGCUUCCACUGAAUUUGGAUGAGUUGGAUCUCCUUGACCCUGACGACCUUCGGAGGAAAAUCGAUCAGGCCGUGCGAGAGAUGGUCAACCCUGUCAAAAUGAAGGAGCAGCUGGUCUCGCAACUGAAGACCCAGAUCACUGACCUUGAAAGAUUCAUUCAGUUUAUUCAAGGAGAGGGAUCAGAUGGAAAGCCAAGAUGCACGUGUAACUGUCCAGUUCAUGGCAAGCCGGAUACACUCCACUCUGAAACGUCUUCCGAGUGCUUUGCUUCAACAAGGAAGUACAAGGACCAGCUUCGUCGAGCACACAAGGAGAGCCAGGAGGCCCAGAACAAGAUCUUGAGACGCAUGCUAGCACUACUGCACAUGUUUGCAUUGACCCAGUUUGGCUGUGGUCGACGAAACUUCCAGAGAAACAUCAUGAAGCGGACGCCAAAGGGAAAUCAUUGGGGAGAUCUGCGGGCAUGUCUCGAGCUUUCUAUCAACCAGGUCCUGGAGCUGGUGGGAAAGCAGGAGUCUCAGUGUGUAGACAGUGACUACACCAGUGAUUCUGAAGAUGCUCCUGCUGUGCUGUGCAAUGAGAAACUGACUAGUGCUGUCAGAAAAGAUCUGGCCACAGCUCUGCGUGACUUGAUGCAGCACGGCUUGAUGGAGAUUGGGCAAAGCAGCAGCCUUGUACCCCUGGGCUGUUUUACGUUGCGGUCUGCGAGCGCACCUUCGCUUUUGCAUGCAUGGGACCUCAUCCUGAAGUAUUACGAGAUCAAGAACGGUGCACAGUACAAUGCUUCCCCAGCACGCAAGUUGUCGGAAAGCUUCAACUUGGACAUUGUUGCCUCUACAAUGGAGACGCCGAAGCAUGCCUUGCUGACCGCAGUGCACAGUAUCAUAUCAAGUCAUACACCUCUGAAGCGCAGCUACGAUUCUCACUUCAAGGCAUUUGUGUGUGCAGCCCUCAACGAAAAAAGGCUAGUUGCAUGGCUAAAAUUAAUUUUCAAGUGCAAGCCACUUGUGGAACGUUACUAUGUUCACUGGAGCUAUCUGAAGAAGACAGGCUUUGACGAUGCUCUAAGGUCCCUUGACCGACUAACUGCGUUUGACUUCGAUCUUCCUGUUGACUUGGCUGUGCGCCAACUGCAGAACAUCAAGGAUGCUUUUUGAUGUGCCACCACUCUUUUAGGGAAACAGGUGCCACUUGUCUCAUCAAGCUUAGAAUGAACUUUUUUCUCAUUGUGUUGUGACAAGGGCCAACAUAGCAGGCCAAUUUAUAGUCAAAAACCAUUACAACAUGUCCUUUUUACUGUAUGUCAUGCAAAACGAAACAAAUGUGUUCAUGCGAUGCCUUGGAGCUGCCAUUGAUGUGAACUUAACCUUCUGUACCCCUAAGCAGGGGCUUUUGGUGUGAGGUGUACCGAUUUUUUUAAUGUAUAGCAACAAGCGAUCAGUUGAUGCUAUUGCUACUAUUCUGUAGAAUACCUAGGCAAUAGCAUAAGUAGUGCUCUUUCUUUAAACUUAAUUCUAGCCAAAUGAAUGGCAGGAUUAAGUCUGUGUCUUUGCAAUAUCACCUUCUGCUUUAUAUGGUGUAAUUAUAGCAUUAGCAUUUAUGUUAUUGGAUGGUUGUUAGACAUAAGUAUAAUCAAAAACAAGCUAUAGGGUGUGUCCAGAUAAGAUCGAACACGAGGUCCCGGUCACCAUUCCCGAUUGUGAUGAAAUUUACUGUAGGUCUAGGCAUUACACCCGGAACAAUGGUUUCGCAGUUAGUUUUGCGGAAAAAAAUUUUGUUCGCCUGAAAAAAAAUAUACAACUUUUGGCCGCAAAAAAACGCUUUUCCGCCAAUUUCGCGAUUUCUGAAUUUUGAGCGCACCUAGCGAAAAAACGGUGCACUUCUUCGUCACAAUAUUUAUUCCCCUUAAAGAACAAGUGAAAUACAAUCUUAUGAGUCUAUUAUUUCCCUUGCUUGUCGAAGCACUUCUGAAGAAAAAAAUCACAAACUUGGCAAAUCGCACAAAAUACCUCUAUUUCAGGAAUUUAUUGCUGCAAGCAAGUUAAAGUGAGGAUAAAGAAAAUCGGUACAUAUUAACUUUGAUACUUUCGCUCUCUUUUAAAGUAAUUUGCGUGGUUUUAUCGCGCUCCGUUUUACUCGAUAAUUGGGCUGAAACGUAAGUGAUUUACCAAAAACGCCGAACUUUGAAAAUGAUUUUCUCAAAAAGGCCAUUUUUAAUUUUUUUUUAAAUCCCUGUGAUUGAAGUCAAGGACGUCAUCUACUAUUGUGCAGAAAAAAACGUUGCAUUAUUUUGGUUGCUAACAAGUUAUAGUGCGUCAAAUGUGACCAUGCCAGCCUAGCGGCCGCGUCGUUCGCUAUGGGCUGAAACUCGGAUAUCAGUUGUUAAAAAUACUUGUACUACGUGACAUAAUCACAAAUCAGCAGCUCCACA